UUUUUUCAGUUUUUUUGGCUAAUUUGGCUAACAUUUUAGCUAUAGCUAUCAGCGUUUUCAGAUUUAGCUUUAGCCAUUUCAGCUAUCUACUUCAACGUUUUUAGCUAUUAGCUUCAGCUUUUUUAGUUAGCAUUUUCAGCUAUCAGCACUAGCAUCUUCAGUGGCCACAUUCAGCUUAUUACUUUAGCAUUAUCGCAUGCUAUAUACAUAGUUUUUAAAGUGUUUUAGUAAUUUUUUCUAUGAAAAUUACAGAAAUGAAUUAUUUAAGAUCUGUGUGGCUUUUGGAAAAACUGUAAAUAUUUAAGUUAUUGUUGUGUGAUUGUUACACUUUUUCUGUUAGUCUAACAGACCUCUGUCCCAUCAGAGAAGAAAACAGUUAUGUGGUCCUCAUUAGCAUGAAUGAAGGGAACCUCUGACCAAAAGGAUCUGUCAGGAACCAUGUUUUCAUUAGCGAUAUAAUCCAUGAGGGGAUCAGGUGGGUUUCCGUGCGCGGCGCAUCCCGUUUGGAGGCGCGUCCGUCCACCGUGGAUUCCGCUCUGCGCGUCAUGAUGACAGCAGCGCGCUCGCGCAGCCUCUGUCAGAGGAGGCUGCUUAAAGCGAACCGAGUUAUUGGAUACGUGGUGUUGCUAUGGGCGUGGGUGGUGCCACGAGACUGCUUCCAGAUCCCCAAACCUCUUCCACGGGGAUGAAAUCUAAGAAGACAGCGGUCGGAUCGGCUGGAGGACGCGCCGCGUCAUGAGGGCGCAGUGCGCCGCAUUAAUCUGAUAAGCGCCUCUGCCGCCGCUCUGCAUGCCCCGGGACAGCGCGCCGGACAGGGAAAGUGUGCCGUAAAGCGGACAGUUGGGUGAAAUAAUGCUGAGCUCACGGUUCACCGGGCUGAGGGAGGAUUUCCUCCUGCGGUGGAUUUGAAGAUCCCUGAUCGAUCAGGUGUUUUCGGGGAUUGGCUGCAGCCGUCACUGAUCCGCAGCUCCUGCAAUGUGGAGGCUGUUUCCAUCCCACAGGCUGCUCGAGUGACAUCAAGCGUUUCUGGAGGAGCUGCGUCGCAGGGAGGAGGAGGGCCGGCCGGGCGGCAGCAGUGAUGACCAGCGCCAGAAUCCUGCGAGCGCAACGCGUUGAUUGGACGAGCGGUGACCUAAACAAUCUGGAGGUGUUAGGCCAUACAUCCUGAGCUGGAGAACUGCGUCACUGUUGCAGGUAACUGUCCCCGCGCCGGGACCGGAGCGUGCGCCCUCCGCGCGCAAUGUCACCGGGAAAGGUUUGACUUUCCUCCAGAGAUGAAUGCAGCGGACAACUCCAGCAGAGAUCCGCCUCUGGGAUCCACCUUCUCCUCCGCUCCCAAUCUAGAGUCUGACAUUAAUGCCAAUGCCUACAGGCCCGUGUACGAGAACGGGACGGACCACAAUGUCAACCUCCAGAGCGCAGCGCUGCGGGGGGCCAGUGACCCCAGCUCGUACCCCUCCACCGAGUACCCGGGGCUGGCCCGCCGCAGGUUCAUCCGCCGGAGUUUGUGGGUGUCGGACCAAGACGAGGACACCGCAGACUUCAUCAACAGCAGCCCGGCGCUCAACAUCGACCUGCGCUCCAUCGUGGACAGGAGUCGCUCCCGCGCGCUCCACGGAGCGUGCGUCCUCCUGGAGACCUCCUGCGCCGGGAGCCAGGCGGACCCGAGGGGGAGCGCGGAGAGCGCGAGCGCAGAGAAGGGGGAACCAGACCGCCAGAGCCAGUCCAAGCAGGAGGUGGUGCCCUCAGAUGUUACCGGGAAAGCGGGGAGUGACGAGAAUGAAGAGGAGCCGGGGAUGAAGGCCGUGUCCACCUCCCCCGGAGGACGCUUCCUCAAGUUUGACAUCGAGCUGGGGAGAGGCUCCUUCAAGACCGUCUACAAAGGGCUCGACACCGACACCUGGGUGGAAGUGGCCUGGUGCGAGCUGCAGGAACGAAAACUGUCCAAAGUUGAGCGGCAGAGAUUCAAGGAGGAGGCGGAAAUGCUGAAGGCUCUGCAGCACCCCAACAUCGUUCGCUUUUAUGACUUCUGGGAAUCUCCUCUGAAAGGGAAGAAGUGCAUCGUCCUGGUGACGGAGUUAAUGACCUCAGGGACAUUAAAAACGUAUCUGAAGCGCUUUAAGGUCAUGAAGCCCAAAGUUCUCCGGAGCUGGUGCCGGCAGAUCCUCAAAGGCCUCCACUUCCUUCACACCAGGACCCCCCCGAUCAUCCACAGAGACCUCAAGUGUGACAACAUCUUCAUCACUGGUCCUACGGGCUCGGUCAAAAUUGGAGAUCUGGGCCUGGCAACACUGAAGAGAGCCUCCUUUGCCAAAAGUGUUAUUGGAACCCCGGAGUUCAUGGCCCCAGAGAUGUACGAGGAGCACUACGACGAGGCCGUGGAUGUCUACGCCUUUGGGAUGUGCAUGUUAGAAAUGGCCACCUCCGAGUACCCGUACUCUGAGUGUCAAAAUGCUGCUCAAAUCUACCGCAAAGUUACCAGCGGGGUGAAACCUGCCAGCUAUAGUAAAGUCAGUGACCCAGAAAUUAAGGAAAUAAUUGGGGAGUGCAUCUGUCACCGGUGGGAGGAAAGAUACUCCAUCAAGGACCUCCUAAAUCAUGCCUACUUUGCAGAAGACACGGGUGUGAGAGUGGAGCUAAAUGAAGAAGACGAUGGGAAAAAAUCCACGAUUGCUCUGAAGUUGUGGGUGGAAGAUCCUAAAAAGCUGAAGGGGAAAUACAAAGACACCGGGGCCAUUGAGUUCACCUUUGACUUGGUGAAUGAAGUGGCAGAAGUGGUUGCACAAGAAAUGAUUGAGUCAGGAUUUUUCCUUGAGUGUGACGUGAAGAUUGUUGGGAAGUCCAUCAGAGACCGCGUGGCUCUAAUCAAAUGGAGGAGGGCGCGGACUGUCUCAACAAAUGCCAAUAGUGACGCAGCUGCAAAGAAGAAGAUGCAACCGAAUCUACUGCAGGUUCCCGGCACCGUCAUACCCCCGGGGGUCACAUCCACCAAUGCAGAGUAUGAGGACCAAGAGACGUUGACCUGCACUGUGCCUGUCAUCGUGUCUACCACAUCAGCUGAUAGCGGAAUGACCUCUACCAUGCAAUCGGAGGAACCCAACAAUCAGCUGAAUGGGUCCUACCAGUCGCUUCCAGAACCCCUUUGCGGUGCUCAGAUGGUCUGCAGUCCUGCACAGACCGACCCUCAGCAACACCAGGGGCCCUACCAGCAGCUGACAGCACAGGCAACCCAGGACGGCUACACUCAACCAUCAGCCCAGCUGCACCCAGGAGCUUACCAGCAGUCCACGGGUCAGCUGAAUCCUGGUGCCUUUCCACAACCUUCACCACAACUUCAGCAGGGGCCUUAUCAGUGUCAGUCAAUGGCUUCAGCUCCAACAGCUCCAGCCGCUCCUGCACACCAGAGCAGACAGACAGCACAGAGCUAUCCAGCUGCUGCGCCCGCUCCACAGACGCAGCUCGCUGUCCAGCCCGGCCAGGAGCAGCCCCAUCUCCAGCCAGCUCCUGCUUCAUCCCAGCUGGUAUCUUCUGAGGAGCCUGCAUCAACCCUGAGUCCUCCAGAUACUUCCACCAGUUUCCCACCGUCCGCCUCCAGUGGUCCUCCUCCACUCCUGCCUCUGCAGAUCAACACACAGUUUACUUCACCAUAUCCUCUUUUUCAAACCGAGGCUCACGUGGCCUCUCCCUUCUCCCCAGCCUCUUUGCCAUCCGCCUACAGCACCAGCAACCAUGCUGUGUGUAGCUCCUACUACUCACCUUCACCCCGCCUUCCAUCCCUCCCUCUGACCCCCCACGCCGCCCUCCCAUCUGUGCCUUCUCUCGGCACUCCUCAGACUCCUCAAUACAUGGCAUUCCCCGGUCCACUUCAUGCCAUGGCAAAGUCCCCUGCUGUGCCACAACAGCAGGGUGACCUUCCUACCCCUCAGCAAAACCUCGGUAGCUUCUAUACCGCCCAUUCCACCUUACCUCUCUCUCAGGUGCAAACCACCCCAUUCCCCGCCCCCAUUCCUGAGCAGGAGCUGGCUGACCAGCCUGUCCAGGUUCCUGGUUCUCAGGGGACUCUUAGAGAUGAUCAGCUUUCGGCCCCCGUCUUCCCUGCCGGUCAGACUCCACUCUGGGGAGGUGCAGAUGCAGAAGCGACCACGGUUUCAGCCUCAUUUUCCUCCGCAGUCCCAGCACCAGCUACAAUCCUAGUGGCUCCAACACGACCUCCAGCUCUGACACAAGCACAGCCUCUGAUCCCAGUGUCAGCUCAAGCCGCCACCUUCGCUCAAACCUCACCGCCAGUACAAGCUCUGGCUGAAGCUCAGCCACGAGUGUCUGAAUCCAGCCUCACGAUUGAAUUAACAAUGGUUUCCUCCACAAACGCAGCCACACCUUCCACCGGCAGUAAACCUCAAAUCCCCGCUCCAGCCGCAGUCCCCCCCCCUAGCACUCUCCCGGUGUCGGUCCAGUCUACAGCCCCCAUUACACCUUCGGUCACACCCAAACCGCAGCCUGCUGGCAUCCAGACAGCAGCUCCUCAGUCUGCCGGCCUGGCUAACACUCAGCAAAACACAGAGACAGCUGCCUCCAACAGCUUUCAACAAGACUCCUGUGCAGAGGAUCUACUUCGUGACAAAUCAAUAUCAUUGUCCAGUUAUGCCUAUGACAGUGUUAACUCCGAUGUGGCGUCUGGGAAGGAAACAAGUGACGGCUAUGAAAGCUUGGCAGGCGGGAGUAAAGGGGAUGGAAAGCCAAGAAAACAUCAUCGCAAGUCGGCGCGGACACGUUCAAGGCAGGAAAAGACCAGCAAGCCCAAACUGAGCAUGCUCAAUGUUUGCAACACCGGUGACAAAAUGGUCGAAUGCCAACUGGAAACUCACAACCACAAGAUGGUGACGUUUAAAUUCGAUCUGGACGGAGACGCUCCUGAGGAAAUUGCAACUUACAUGGUAGAAAAUGGCUUCAUCCUGCUGCUGGAGAAGGAGAUUUUCAUUGACCAGCUAAAGGACAUCGUGGACAAAGCGGAAGACAUGCUGCAUGAAGACAGUGAGGGUGAAAAACCCACCGCUUUGAGUUGUAGCCCUCUCCAAAGCCAGAUGUCUGAGGGACUCGCUGGCGAGAAUUAUCAGCCUGGAGCGCCUCAGCCAGUCUAUCAGCAAAAUGUUCUUCAUACAGGAAAGAGGUGGUUUAUAAUUUGUCCUGUGGAGGAGACACCAACCCCCAAUCUGGACACACCUUCUGAUGGGACGGCUACACAAUCGCCUGGGAGCUCUGUGACAACCCAGCCUGCUGACAGCGUCACUGCAAAGCCCGCCACCUCCAGAGAGGAAGGAUCUUCUUCCACCAUGUCUGGAGGAAGUGGAGGCUUUUCCUACGAUAUUUAUGCAUUCUGUAGUCCUCCAAUAACAUCCAAUACAGACCCACUUCUCCUGGCCACUCUGUCUCCUCCUGUGUCUGCACCUCCAACUCUGCUGUCCAUGACGGCCGUGGAUUCUGCAGGGAGCUCAGGACAUCCCAGCUACCACCAGGCCCAGCCGUCCAGAGCUCAGACGUUACCCCCAUCCCCUCCCCACACAACUCUACCUGGAGAACAUUCACAGAGAUCCCCUCUGGACUCCAUCUCGCCUGUCCGUGUGGCUCAGCACAUGCCGGAUUUGACACUUCCUGUUUCCAUCGCUGAUGAAGUGCCCUGCUGCCCGCUCGUCAUGCCCCUGUCUCUGGAUGUGGGUUCUUCCCGGGGAGGUUCUCCUGUCACUCCUCUUCCUCUGCAGGAGCAGAGCUCAGCCAAAGAGCCGGCACCUGUCUGCUACACUCCAGUGGCCCGCAGCGAGCGGCCGCAGCAGCCGGUAGUCCUUCACCAGCCUUUUUCUGCUGUAGGGGGGACAAAAGUGUCAUCGCUCCCCCAGAGCCCUGCGCCGUCCCAACACGGGGCAGGGCCCAGCGAGUCGGACGGCGAGGGAAGGCUCGGCCGUGGAGGCUUCGUCGACAGCACCAUCAAAACUCUGGAUGAAAAACUGAGGAAUCUGCUCUACCAGGAAUACGCCCCCAUGUAUCCUUCAGGAAGCACCGCGGAGACACCGGGGUCCGGGACGGAGUACAUCCAGUCCCCUCCUGGGCCGGACAGCGCCGCGGGAGGGUCCGGAAACAGCACCCCCGGGCCCAUAGGGGAGGGGCGCUACAGGGCAGGAGAACAGCUGCCUCAAAUUCCCGAGCGAAUGGAUAGUUUGAGCACACUUAGCGACUCGGCUGUGUGUGCUUCUCUGUCAAGAAGACACUUUCCUCACUCCGCUUCUUGUUCUGGAACAAGAGAUCGAUUUAAGAUGAUUUCUGUUCCUCCUGAAGUCGCCAACAAGCGUGACGUGAAGCAGAGGAGCUGGAGCAGCGUCACCUCACCGGCCCACCCCCUGGGCUACAGCAGGGAGCCCUUCCAGGCAGAGCCCGCGGCCACUCCCACCACCAUCGGCCGCUUCUCUGUGGUGAGCACAGAAGACGACAUCACACAGAGGACGCGCUGCAGCCGCUACUCUGCGCCCCCCGACUUCUACCUGGACACGCCUCCUUCCAUGACCAAGGGGGAAUUUCUCCCCCGCGCGGUGACCUCAAACUCGGUCCCUGUGGACGUCACCGUCCACGCCCGCUUCCUGUCGUCGGACUCUGGGGCAGAGAGCAGCCCCGCGAAGCUGGCUCCUUCUACGCCGUCACAGCAGCCGCGUUCGGAGCGCAGGGGGAGCGACCUGAUGAGGAGGGCCGUGGCCUUCCUCCGCCGCACCGGUCGCAGCAGCAGCGUGCAGAGUUCAGACUCGCCAAGCAGGCAUGGAGGCAUGCACGGCUCCGCCUACGCCAGCAGCGACAAUGACUCAGAGAUGGAGGAUUCAGACAUAAAGAGGGAAUUACAGAGACUAAGAGAAAAACAUCUGAGAGAGAUCUCAGAGCUGCAGGCACAUCAGAGAGGGGAAGUGGAGCUGCUGUAUCGCAGACUCGGCAAACCUCCUCCCUCAGGUCUUGGUCUCUCACAUGGAGCACCGCCUGCAAACCGAAGAAAGAGGUCCAGCAGGCACAGGCUGAAGCCUGGAAAACUUCUCAGCCCUCUAGUUCAACAGUUUCGAAAUGUCACAACCAAAACCAGCGACUCCAGCAAGUCCAGUGUGGUUCCAGCCGCAGGUGAGCCCACGGUUACUUCAAACGGCUCUCCGGCCAAAGCAGCUUUCUUCAAUCAAAGCAGGCCGCGUUCGUGCACCAGCCACCUCCCCAGCUCAACCUCGGAGCCCGUGCAGACCCAGCAGCCCUGCUCCCUCAAAGGAUCACUGUCCUCUGACAACAUUUACGCGGGACAGCAUGGAGACGGCACGGGAAUGCAAGCUCCGGCUGCACAAGGAUGGUCUAAUUAUCCUCAACCAUCAGAGAGAACCACCUAUAAAUCCAGUAGCAAGCCGCGCGCUAGAUUUCUCAGUGGGCCUGUGUCUUUGUCUAUCUGGUCGACACUGAAGCGUCUGUGUCUUGGGAAAGAGCGAGGCACCAGAUAUGGAGCUUCAGCAUCAGGAGCUUUUAAUCAACCCCAGCAAACGGCCAGUGGUGUCACACCUCCUCCCCAUCAGCCUGUGAUGGGCCUCGCUCAGGCUCAGGCCAACAACAGCAACAACAAAACAGCGACGUAUGGAGGCACGGCCUUCGGUUCCAAUGACAACAAUCUGCCUGAAGACUUGCAACGGCUGAUGGACGACUGGGCCCAGGAGGUUCUGAUCGUUGCCCACCGGCCACGUACCAAUUCUCUGAGUGUUGUUGGACCGCAGUUCAGGGACCCCGUUGUGCCUCAAGCACUUCAUCAGCCUUCUGGUACUUUGGACAUGUCACCAUGGACCUCUCUACAAGCUGAAACCUACAGUGUGCCACAGCCAUGGUCUGACAGCCCGGGGUCUGCAGUGAUGACCAUCCCCUCCCCAGGACCUCACCACAUCUUUCAUCCACAAUCUCUCUCCUCUCCUCUGUCUUUCAACCAGUGGCCUGGCUUCAUCUUUACCGUUCCUUCCGAGGUCUUUACCUUUCCUGAAAUGCCCUUAGGUCAAGAUGCCUCCUGCCCUAACCCAGCCCCGCCGCAUCCUCUAACUGACCCCAAGGCGAGGACUCUUUAGUCUGAAACGUGUCUUCCACUCCAAAAAUCUACUUAUAGCUCCGGUCAGAAUCAUCUGCAUAUAGUGUAUAUAUUUAGCCAGCAUGUACAUAAUUCAUACAUAUUGUAUUAUUAAUAAGGUCAUUUUUGUUAUUGAUUUGUGUCAACAUACCUCAUGCUCAUAAUAUAGGAAAUAAUCUAAUGCUAUGUAUAGUUGAAAAUCUACACUUCUGUUCUUGGUUUAUGGAUGUACAUUACCAGUUAUGAAUGUACAUAAUGUAUCAUUAACUAUUAUGUUUAUUUUGUUCCUCUUUUCCUUCCUUUGUACAUAGAAAGGGAUAUGAGUUUGUAAAUAGCCCUGUGUGUUUGUAACACUAGUUAGUCCAUAGCCCGGUGCUGCAGCUAUGUGUCUUAAAGCAACACCUUAUGAACUACCAUCAUGCCAUCACUGUGAAGACUUGACCUCAUGGUCAUUAGGACCUGUUGCUUUAGUUGGCUCUCUCUUGUCAAUCAAGGAUAGGUUUAAUUCUACUCUGAUGAAAUGCUUCCAGCACAAAUGCUUGAAUUAUCUUUUAAGGAAUUUGAAUGAACUUGAAUUUUAUCUUCCGGCGCAAAGAUGCCCGUGAGAGUGCCUUGAACUGCAGUUUUAGUUAUUUGAACAAAAGCAUUUAGACCUAAAGCAGACACUGGAUGUUCCACAAACAAAACUAUGAGUCCACAACAAGAACCGUUGUGUCAUUUAUCAACAAACUAUGGUUUAAAUGUAUCACUAAAAGACUAAUUCAAAGAUUGUAAAGGACCUUACGCGCUUGGUCUAAGGUUUUUAUAUUGCUCACUAAAGUCAUAUUCGCCUGGAAUUGCACUGCCACCUGCACCACAGCCUGCAUAAAGGUGCAUUCACACCAACAAAUUCGCGUGGCCCGCCCCUCUUUCGUAGCGCGGAGAAUUUGAUGCAAAAAAAGUGUGGGAGGAGCCACCAGCCAAUGUUUUAAGCCUGACAUGGAGCGGUGUCUGUGUAAAUGUCACUUAUAAUGUAUGGAAGUUGAGAGGGUUAAGUUGAGAGAUCAUGUUUAUUUAUUGUGAAUAGUUCUAUAAAAACAUUAGUAAUCGCGUCUUUAUGUCUGGUUUAUGAGAUUAUUCAAAUCAAAUCUUUCCACGUCACCGGGGGCUUCUUUCUCACUCCUGGGACUGUGUCUGGUUGACAGCCGCUUCCACUGUGUUUCUGUGACUCUGUGGUGCAAUCCGAAUUCUUCCCUUCUCCCUUCCCCUUCAUUUAGCCUUCCAAACGGAGAGUUAUGAAAAAGAUGGUGUCUCAUAUU